AUGGAAACAACUGUAUUCGUCUCUACCGUAGGCGUGCACACCCCGCGGUUCUGCCUCCUCGCCCCGCGGCAACCGCCCCCGCCUCUGUCUCCCGCAAUCGCCGCUCACUACCGCGAUACCCGUCCAUCAACGCCUGCGCGGUCGCGUCCGCCAUCUCUCCUCGCCCCACUCUCAUCUCUCCUGCAAUCCCCACGGUCUCUCUCAGAUCCGCGUCCGCGACAUCCUCUGCCCUGGAUCGCCGCGCUCGGCUCUCUCCGCGCCGCCAUCAAGGGGUUCUCCUACCAACAACGGACGCCAUCAACGGAUGGCCUCGGAUCCGCCCCAUCGCCUCCUACCAACAACGGACACCAUCAACGGACGAGGAUCUCCGCUCUACCCUCCUCCCCACGCCAUCAAUGGAAGGGGGCUCGGUCCACCUCCGCCGCGGCCGCCGCGCCGGGCCGCAGGUCCACCUCCGCCAUCCGCUCGCUCUUCUCCCGGCCGUUAGCCGCCGCCGGCGGGGCUCCGUCGGGCUCCGGCGUCGCCGCGCUGCCGGACCUCCACCGCCGCAAGUCCUUCUCCUGCGGGGGCGGGGGUGACGCGCUGGCCGCCGCGGGCAAGCCACAACGGCGGUCGUGCGACGUGCGCGGGCGGAGCACUCUCUGGGCGCUCUUCCACCAGGACGACCGCCAACCGGUUCGUGACGGCACCGAGUUCGGCGCCUUCCCGGCCUCGUCCUCCGCCGCCGCGGCCGCGCUCGCCGCCAAGGUCCUCUCGCCCCCGCAGCCUCCGCCGCUGCCACCUCCCGCGUGCGUCCCUGCGAUUUUUAAUUCUGUGUUAAACUUUUGGUGGAUUUCUAUAAUUGAACUAUGAAGGGGUGCUUCCGGCUUAUCUUGCCCUUUUGACUGAAAAAGGUGAUGCAAGAAGUCUACGUUAGGCUUACCUUUGAGCAUUCAGUUCCUGUACUUUAGAUUGAUAUGCACAGAAAAUCGAAAGAUUGGUUUAUGCAGUCAACUGGAAUAUUCAAAUGUUGUUGCUAUUUGAUCUACUCAACUGAAGUAAAAAUGAAAAUUGUUUAGUUUUCUGUGAAAUUUUUUAGCUGUAUUCAGCAAUGUUUUUGCUUGUUUUUUUCCACUUACGCCACCUUAUAGAUGCUUUUUAGAACUGAAACAGAAAGUAAAGACCCAGAAAUAGAUACACUUUCAUUUACUGAGCUGAGGGACAAGCUGCUUGCCCUUGAUCCUCUGGAUAUAGAUCAUGUGGUGAAAAUCAAUAAAGCGGAAGCUGAGUAUUGGAAGAAGUCAGAAGGGUAUCGCAUGGGCUAGAGUGAUGAAAUACUGGGCUUCGAUUGUGGUGGGCAGCAGUGGGUUUCUGAAAACUGCUUCCCCACCAGAACCCUAGCAAAGCCAAGUAUGAAGGAUCUUGAUUAUAUAAGUAAGCUGUUGUAGUUGAUUGAAAAGGAGGAGAUACCCGCACCUGGACCUAUGGAGCAGCGUUGGACUGCUCGCAGCAAGAGCCCGAUGAGCCCGAGAUGAAGCUCUAAAGAAGAUGAUGUAUUUUCAUGGGUUGGUAUUAUAAUGUAUCUGCCAACAUCUGAUGCUCGCCAAAGGAAGGAAAUCACAGAGGAGUUCUUCAGUUACAGGAGCCUGGCGCGAAGUCUCUGGGAUGAUUAUUCCGCCUAUGAACACUGGGCCAAGAUCGAGGUGUGGGCUAGCUUCAAGAUUAAUUAUUCAGACACUGUUUGUGUUCUUCCUAUUUUCCCUAGGGUUCAGAAGUGAAAACAGCAUAAGUCUUCUCACUUGCACCGUUGCACGGAUAUCUGAUUGGGUUAUUUUAGUUUCAUGGCUUGUGAUUGUUCUGUCUCCACUCUUCAAUCAAGUUGCACGGAUAUCUGAUUGGGUUAUUUUAGUUCCACAUUUAUAGUGCAUUGGUCUUGUAUUUGUUUCGUACAACUUAAAUCUGGAGGAGAACAAAAACUUUUAAAAUUUAGAUCCCAGUUCAUCAGUUACUCCCUUUGUCCCAAAUUAUAAUUCGUCAUAGGAAUUUAAUGGGUUCUGCUUCUGUACAGCGUUGCAGCCCCCGUGACCGUCAUGUUGGACCAAUGUUCUUAUUUCACACAGUCUCCCUACACAAGAUUACUGAUACUGGACUGGAGUUUGUGCUUUAUUGGCUUAUGCUAUCUUGUUCAAUGCUUUCUCUUGCUUUGGAAUUCCUUAACCGUAAGCAUGGAAAUGCAAUUAUAAUUCUAAAUCCUUCUUUAGUAAGGUGCCUUUUGACUUCUCAAAAUUAAAUUGUAACUAAUUUUGAAGCUCUACGGAAGCCUAAGCAAAUGUUCCAUCAAAUUCUGAAGAAACAAAUGAUGCAUUGACUGACAGUAUAUCAGAUGGACAUGCAAUUGCAGGAAUUUAUUGAGGAGGUUAUGGCUCUGGUAGAGCUUGAUCAGCUGAGAUAUGCAUUAGUAGGGAAGCAGGGUUCUACUGGGUUAUCAACAGAGCAAAUGAAGGGCCUUACUAAUUUUUCAAAUUCUAUUGCUUAUUGUAGCAGAUUGCUAGAGUUACCUUACUUUUUUCUUGUAAAAGAACUAUUUUGUUUGUUACUGAAUCUCAAUUUAGGGGGGAAUACUUCCGCAACUAUCUGCCCAUGAUAUCAUUAAAUGUUUUUCUAAGAUACUUGUUCUCCACACAAGGCCCUUUUUAUCUGAUACUAAUAUUGUAUCAUCCAAUGCAGGUAAUUUCAAUCUUUUAGAGGAUCGUGCUUUUCUUUUGGAUUUUGUCUUCAACUAUCCUUGUAAAGGUUGUGUUCAGGUUGAGCUAUCCUGAAUUAUUUGGAGCUCAUGGUUCUCUUUUUCUCUUCUUUUUCAGCAUUAACCUUUAGAUUUGUGUAAUGGAUUUCUGCAACAUCAAGAUUGAUACUUGCAACUCCAUUGAUAAGACUGCAUGCUCAAAUAAAGCUUGGACCAUGAAGUGAGAUCAAGCUCAUGGACAAGUAGCGAUCAUCUUUUAUCCAAUCUUAGUGUAUUCCCAAUAGAGCACACGUGAAGAAAAUAUUUUGUUUGACUAUUGUAAAUGUUUAAGGCAAUGAAAAUUAUAAAUAUGAAAUAGUUGUGGUAUAUGCAUGUUAUUCAAAGGA